AUGCCUAAAUACGCCAAUAGUCAGCCUGUCGGCUUCAAAAACGCCAUUGAGCGUGUCGCCAUUGUCGGGGCCGGAGGCACCGUGGGAUCUCACAUAACCGCUGCCCUCCUUGCAACUGGCAAACACAAAGUCAAGGCCCUCACUCGCAAGGACAGCAGCAACAAACUUCCCGAAGGCGUUCUGGUUGCCCCCAUCGACUAUGAUGAUGAGGCUACCAUUGUAGCCGCCCUCAAGGGCCAGCAGUUUUUCAUCAUUACCAUGGCUCCUACCGCACCCCGGGAAACCCACAGCAAGCUAGUCCAGGCGGCCGCCAAGGCAGGCGUUCCCUACGUCAUGCCCAACGGUUACGGCGGCGACAUAGACAACAUUAAACUCGGCGAGGAAACGCUGCUGGGGCCUGUUGCAAAGGCUAAUAGGGAUGAAAUUGAGAGGCUCAACAUGCAAUGGAUCACAGUGUGUUGCGGAUUUUGGUACGAUUAUAGCCUGGCGGGUGGCGAGGCGCGUUUUGGAUUCGAUUUUGACAGGCGUUCCCUCACAAUCUACGACGAUGGCAACACCAAAAACUCAGUGUCGACCUUGUCGCAGGUUGGGCGAGGCGUGGCUAAGGUUCUGAGCCUCAAGGAGCUUCCUGAUGACGAAAAUGAUAAAAGCCUUACACUUUUUGGAUUUCUCGGCAAGGGCGUGUAUAUCAAGAGCUUUGUAGUCAGACAAAAUGACAUAUUCGAGAGCGUCAAGCGCGUCACGGGAACCACUGACGUCGACUGGGCAAUCACUCACGAGACUACCAAGAAGCGAUAUGAGGAUGGCCUAGCGCAAGUUAAAAGUGCUAACAUGGCUGGUUUUAGCAAGAUGCUAUACGCGAGGGCGUUUUACCCGGAUGAUCCGAAUGAUAUCUCAGCCAAGGCGCAGAAUAAGCUGCUCUGCUUACCGAAUGAAAGCUUGGAUGAGUCUACCAAGGCCGGGAUAGAUAUGGUCAAGGCCCUACAACAUCGCGUUGACCGUAUGGCAGCCUAA